AUGGCACGAACGACGCCCUUGUCGCCGCAAUGGUGGCCUACGCACCGUUCGGCGGUGUUCAAGGCAGUGAUCCCGGCAUCACUCCUUAUUGGAGUGCUCUUCCUGAGCGUCAUGUCCUGGUUCUUCGGCUCGUCCUUUGACAUGCGGUACCGGGUGCACAACCUCCGGGUGCUCAUGGUCGAUCUUGACGGCGGGGCGAUCGGCGCCGCGACCCAGACGGCCUACAACGCAGCCUUUAUCGACAGACAAUUUCCGACGCUGGAGUUCGCCUCCACGGCCGACUAUCCCGACGCUGCGGCCGUGCAGUCGGCCGUGUGCCACGGAAACUACUGGGGCGCCGUCUACUCGCACAGCGGUGCGACCGACCGGUUUCGCAACGCCAUCAGCAGCAAGGCUUCCACCGCUUACGACUCAUCCGACGCGGUCAGCUACGUGUACAGUGAGACGCACUAUGCCGCGAUAAGCGACUCCUACGUCAAGUCCAGCCUUGCCACGCUCGUCGGGGCCAGCCGCGACUUUUUCUACGAGCAGUGGAACAGCAACAGCAGCAACGUCGGCCUUGCCACCAUGAACCUGACUGACAGCGCGGCCCUGAUGGCGUACCUGGACCCGUUCGAGGCCACGUCAGUCAACCUGACACCGAUGAGCAUGGGCACGCACAUGUACCUCAACACCGUCUACAUGGUCUUGCCGAUCUUGACACAGUUCUUUUUUCUGAUGGCCCUCAACGGCAUCUUCACGGGCAUGGGUGUGUUCGUCAACAUGGCACCGUCCCGGAUUUGGAUGCUGCGGCUGGUCAUCGCCAAGGUACACGCGCUCAUUCUGUCGCUCGUCUUCACCGGCGUCGUCUGGGCCUUCCGCGAGGACUGGGAUGUGACCGGCCUGAUGUUCCUCCGCACCUGGAUGGUGCUCUGGUUCUACAUGGAGAUCAACUUCCUUGUUGUCGAGUCGCUCAUCGGCAGCUUCAUCCCCCUGCAGUUCAUGGCCUUCUUCAUUCUUUCCUGGGUGCUCAUGAACGUGGGCAGCACCAUCUUCCCCUUUGAGCUGCAGCCCGGCUUCUUCCGUCUCAGCUACCUGUUCCCCGCUCAUGAGACCUACCUGCUUCUGGUGCAGAUUUGGAGCAACGGCUGCCACCGGAGAGACUACAUUGCGCUGCCCAUCAUGUUCUCGUGGUGGGUCCUGGGCCACUUGACGACCUUCUUGUCGACACGGAAGCGCGUGGCCGAUGCGUUGGCCGAGGCCCCGCCUCCGCCUCCGCCUACAGCAAAAGACUCUGAAGAGGUGACUCUGUCGGGGGAUGCGAACACGCUGUCUCGGAAGGCCUCAGUGAUUACGCGGGAUCCCGACAACAACAGCAUCAACCACAGCACAGACGACGUUGAAACGCGCGCCAACGGCAAUUCUGACACGGCGCGCUAA